CCGAACUUUACUCUCCCCUCAUCUCUCAUCCCUUUCUUUUUAUUAUCCCUCAAUAUUUUUUCCUGUUGUUUUUGAAUUUACCAAUACUACACUGCCAAUUUCACUUUUUUUGAAUUCCAUAAACUUUAUAAAUUACAUUUAUUUCACUUUGAAAAAUGUGCUGCAGCUGUCCAGACCUUCUCCUAAUACUCCUCAGUAUCAUAUUCCCGCCGUUUGGCGCCUUGAUUAGACGUGGAUGCGGCGCGGACUUUUUAAUCAACUGUGGACUGACCGCGCUCGGGUACCUUCCGGGGCUAAUUCACUCGUGGUAUCUUAUUUGCAAGUACCCCUCGGAUGAGUAUGAGAUGCUUGUGGAUGACGAUGAGUAUCCUCGGCAGCAGCAUCAGCACCACCAUGUGAUUGUUAUCGGACAUUCGCCGGUGCCGGCUGUGGCGGAAUGGGCUGAGCAGCCUCCCCCAUACCAGUCUGUAAAUAAGAACGUUGAUAGGCAUUAAAGUUUAAUUCUGUCAUUUUUCUUUUAAUUUCUUAUCGGAGAAACAAAUAAAUAAAAA